GAGCCCGAAACCUAUGGGGAAGGAAUAAAAAAAGAAAUUCAGUACCGUCGCACUCUGUACCUAAAGACCAUCAUUUUCUGAGGAGGUCGCUGCCCUGGGCUUCGGUUAAGACACCGAAUUUUGAGGGCGACGAGGGCGGGUUUUUACUCUGGGGGGUUUGAGCCGCUGAAGUCGUUAGUGAAGACUGUGGCAACGGGCUGAUUUUCCGUUGGACGGUAGGCUAGCGUAUAGCGAGGGAGCCGCCAUGGCAGUCGGAUCAUUGAGCCUCCACAUCGGGAUAUGAAGAGGAACUGCAUGUGUCCCGGAUCGCCAAGAAAACGCCGCAUUCACCUGUGAUCCGCGCCGGAUCAGCAAAUUUAACAUCUGCUAUCACCCUGUUUCAUCUGAAUGACAUUUAUUCCGCGUCCACUAAGAUAUCGCAGUUGGUUUUAAUCGGGGGGCCACAGGGAGAGGCCAGAUUCAUGACUAUUUUAGUCGGAGACGUGUCUUCAAAGGCCCGCAGAGAAAACCUGGAACAUAAGGAAUAAAUGAUGCUUUGAUUGAACGUCUGUGGGACAGAAAGGGUGCUUUAUAAGGUGUUACGGACAAGACUGGAGGAUCUUGGGAUCGCUUUCUGUCUGUCCUCCCUUUUGAAUUAGACUGUUAUUCAUUUUCUGUCAUCCUUUUUGGAUGAGAAGGUUCGGCAAAUCGAUCAACCCUGCCGUUUUGUGAGUUCCCAGUCUCCGUGUCGAGAGAGAAUCAAAGGGAUUGGAUCAUGUCGGGUCGGCCCAGGACCACAUCCUUCGCGGAGAGCUGCAAACCAGUGCCGCAGCCCUCUGCAUUUGGCAGCAUGAAAGUCAGCAGGGAUAAAGAUGGCAGCAAGGUAACAACAGUCGUGGCCACUCCAGGCCAAGGCCCUGACCGGCCACAGGAGGUGAGCUACACAGACACGAAGGUCAUCGGCAACGGCUCAUUCGGGGUCGUCUAUCAGGCAAAGCUGUGUGACUCUGGAGAGCUGGUGGCCAUCAAGAAGGUCCUGCAGGACAAGAGGUUUAAGAACCGUGAGCUGCAAAUCAUGAGGAAGUUGGACCACUGCAACAUAGUCCGCCUGCGCUACUUCUUCUACUCCAGUGGAGACAAGAAAGAUGAAGUGUAUCUGAAUCUGGUUCUGGAUUAUGUUCCUGAGACCGUCUACAGAGUGGCCAGACACUACAGCCGAGCCAAACAGACUCUGCCCAUGGUUUAUGUCAAGUUGUACAUGUACCAGCUGUUCAGGAGCCUGGCUUACAUUCAUUCGUUUGGGAUCUGUCAUCGGGACAUCAAACCCCAGAAUCUGCUGCUGGAUCCAGAGACCGCCGUGCUCAAGCUCUGUGACUUUGGCAGUGCUAAGCAGCUGGUCCGUGGAGAGCCAAAUGUGUCGUACAUCUGCUCUCGCUACUACCGAGCUCCUGAGCUCAUCUUUGGUGCAACUGACUACACCUCAAGCAUAGAUGUGUGGUCAGCCGGCUGUGUGCUGGCAGAGCUGUUGCUAGGACAACCAAUAUUCCCUGGCGAUAGUGGCGUGGAUCAGUUGGUUGAAAUUAUCAAGGUUCUCGGCACCCCAACCCGAGAGCAGAUCCGGGAGAUGAACCCCAACUACACUGAGUUCAAAUUCCCCCAGAUCAAGGCACAUCCUUGGACUAAGGUGAGUCAACAGGUGUUCAGGCCGCGUACGCCUCCGGAGGCCAUCGCCCUGUGCUCUCGCCUGCUGGAGUACACGCCCACGGCUCGCCUCACCCCUCUAGAGGCCUGCGCACACUCCUUCUUUGACGAGCUGCGCGACCCUAACGUCAAACUGCCCAAUGGGAGGGAGAAGCCCUCACUCUUCAAUUUCACCACCCAAGAGUUAUCCAGUAAUCCCUCUCUGGCCUCCAUACUCAUCCCUGCCCACGCCCGCAGCCAGGCUGCAGCCUCCACCCCAACCAACGCCUCUGCCACCACAGAUGGCAGCAGCACAGAGCGAGGUCCUAGCACCACCACCGCCUCUGCCUCGGCCUCCAACUCCACCUCUUGAGCCCGCAGACCACCCACAACACCCGCCCCGGUCUCAGCCCCAGCCCACGGCCUCUCCAUUGCCCCGGCCAGGGGUCGAGCUCUGCUCCGCUCAGCGCUGCUCUGCUCUGCCCCGCUCUCCUCCCCGACAGCAGCGGAGCGAUGCUGACGCAGUCUGGGUUCAACAGCUAGCCAACAGCCCCUCGCCACGACCACAAACCAACACCCCCUCAGAAAAACCUCGAUCUGCCUCUCUUCCCCGCCCUCUCAACUGGCCCCUUUUCAUCCAGCUGUUCGAACUCUACUCCAUCUCUCUGCGCCCUCUCGAUGGGGAAGCAAAGUGCAGGGCCAGAGGUGUCGUCAACUGUACUAUUGAUUAAAGUACACUGUACAUGUAUACACAAUGCUAGCCUGCUAAUGUUUGUAAGAGGACAAUCUGUAGAAAAAGUCCUAAGCUGUUCCCCUCAGCCCUCUCUUCCUCUGUCCUCUGUUUUCUUCAAACUCGUCCUUUAACCUCAGACCCCUGCGUCCCCUGGCCAACCCCCCCUCCCAUUCCUUCCCUCCCCUUCAGUUCCCCCCCCCCUGUAGUGCAUGGCCUGAGUAUGUUUAGGAUCACCUGGGGGUGUCUCCGCCCUCUCACCUCCACUUCCGCAGACAAGGCAUGAGGCUCACGCACGGGUAUACACACAAACACAAUCAUAAAACAACACACACGCACACACGGAUGCAUGAUGACCCUGAUGUAUGUGGAAAGAAGAAGCGGACCCACCUACAGGGGAGGGGGUAAAGUCUGGACAGGUUGGUUUUUUCUUUGCCUGGGGUUGUUUUUAAAUUGUUAACAGCUGUUUUACUCGACCUUAUUUUAAAGUUUAGUUUUGUACUCCUGGGCAGAUUUUUUUUUUUUUUUUUUUCGGAUUGCCAUGUGCGAUGGAUGUGACAUGUAUCUGGUCCUGUGUGCUUGUAUAAUAUAUACAUACAAUACAAAACAAACAUGCAUUCAUACACAGUUUAUAUAUUACUUUUCCUUAUGUAUAAAAAGUAUAUAUAGAUAUAUGUAUAUUAACUACAAUGGUUCAGAAAUCAUUUAUGGUGAGCUCAUAUCUGGCAGAGCAGCAGCAAUAUUUGCUGCUGCCUAAAGACAAUAGAUUUAGAGAAGGUGGUGUUAUGUUUCGUUUCGCUGGAGUGUGUUUCGAUUCCAGCACUCACUUCCCUGUUCUCCUGUGUUGUCCGUUUAAGGCUGUAGAUGGAUUUAGGGCAUUGCUCUAUUCCCCGUCUUUGUACCGACUCUGUCUGUAGCAGUGUUUCUGUGACAGUGCAGCGUCUAGACAAACAUCUUUCUCUCUCUGUCUCUGCAAAGAUUCUUCUUCACUGUUUCUUUCUUCUCAAGUUUCCAAGGCAGUCAACCGCUCGCCGUUGACUCUCACGUUUUUGUGACCACUGAAGUGUUAGCCUAGCCUCCUUCCUUCCUUCCUUCCUUCUUUCCUCCACCUGCCGCACAUAGAGCCACUCGGUACAGUCUGUCAAAGCGUCUUAUUUACAGAGAAUACUCACUACAUUUAAAAAAUUAAAAAGAAAAAAGCUGAAUUUGUAUAUACAGUAUAAAUGCUCCUCACCAAAAUUCUGACUUGUAUGUUGUUUUUUUAUGUUGUUAUGUUUAUUUUUUCCAUGUUGUGUUCAAGGUAUGUAUAUAUGCAGACCCAUGUACUGUUUAUGAGCAAAAACAAAGAUGACAAAGGGUAGGGGGAAAGAAAAAAUAAUUUUAAAAAAAGAAAAAAAAAAGACAGAAUCAGGGCAAAACUGAUGUUGUUCAUGGAUAUUGUAGAUGAUGAUGAUGAGCUUUAUCCAGCCAUAUGUUCAAUCUUACCUGUACAGUACAGUAGAUGACAGCUGUAUUAUUGUAACAAGAAUUAGUCAUGUAUAGUGUAACUAUAGUUUGGAGUGCCUUUGCUUUCAUACACCUUCGCCUUGUUUCCCUCCCUCACUCACCCGCUCCACCCCUCUGCCAUCAACCCCCUCCCACCCACCUUUAAAUUGUGACUCUCCCUUUGGUGCUGUUGAAUGUCCUGCUAUCUUGCAACACUCUUCCACCUGAUUCUCAAGCCCCUCUUUCCCCUUCAUUGCACACUUAAUGUAAAAUACAGACGUUAUUUGUAAGGAUAUUCUCCUUAACUAAAGUGUUUAUUUAAUUAUCUAGGACACGUGCACGCACAAACAUGUAAACACCACAGUCCUUGCACGGACUCCAGGGCAUGAAGUGGGUCGGGUAGGGGGAGGUGUUAUGGAUGACAGCAGGUGGUUUAAAGGCCUCACAUGCUGUAUAUAAACAAUACAGUACAGUAUCUGUAUUACUCACAGUGUUGGUUCUGUUACCAAAGCCAAACUAAUCAUGAUGAGCCAUCCUCAGAGGCAGCUCCGUGUCUCUUCUUUUCUCUGAAUAUUUUGUCGUCUCUCUGUCCUCUUUACUUGUCCUCACGUAUUCAGGGGCAGGGGCGGGGGGGACUUCAGUAGCACCUAAAGGGGGUCAAGUCAUGUAGCCUCUGUCCUGUCUCCUGCUUGCUGUAAUUUUUGCAUUCAUGAUCAUGUUGCUACCACCAGACAGUUUGACAACCUCACCCUUCCCCUGACUCCAGUUCAAUAAAAACACCACAAAGUUACCAAAAAAGAAGGCAAACAAGUAAACGCUGGUAUGUUUAAUACCAGCUAUUAUGUGCUAACUGGGGUUAAAUAAAAGAAAAAUCAUACAAAAUACUACAAAAACAUCCUGUAUAACAGUACUACUACUUGAAUGCCUCCGUUUGUGACUGAAUUUUUUUUUUCUUUUUUUCCGUUUGUUUUUUUUCUUUUGUUCUGUGAAGGUAUGCUAAAUGUGCACCUCUGUAAAUAUUCCCUCUGCGUGCUCUGAGGAAUAGUUCCCUGGUACUGUAAUUUGCAUUAAAUAAAGAGUAGGAUAGCCUGGAAAUGAUCAAGCUCUUUGUUUCUCAUGUCUUUUCUUUAAAGCAAGUAUCCUGUUGUUUCUUAAAAGAACAGAUAAUAUUUGUUUUAGGCUUUAAAACAGGGCUCAUAAAUUACAUUUGUACAAGGGCCAGCUUUUUCAAACAAAAGAAAUUUUUAGAAUUUUUCUAACAUCUAUAUUGUUUUAAUAUUUUUAUUUUCUUUUGAAUUUACAUAAUAUCUAGGCUCUAACCGUUAGAUCAGUCCCUAUAUCAAAGCCAGCCACAAGGGGGCGAUUGAGAUAUUUUAGCUGGAUAUUUCUGAGGCUGUCAUGUUGUCUAUCAUUGAAUUUGAUGCUUAUACGCUGUGUAGGAAUAAGUGAAAGACCCAAGCAGGA